AUGACCUCGCCGCUCACAAUCACGAGCAUUGACGCAGACCCACUCCCCACAGAAUUCGUUUCUCUGGCAGAGUACCGUUCGUCAACCCCAGCCUCCUUUGCACUCGAAGAAUCGCCAGUUCUCUACUACGUUGCCGACAAUUUGCCUCUCGAGGCCCCGCAUCUUGACCAGCUGCUACGUUGUGCAGGGUCAAAUGCCACAGAAGAUGUUUUGACACGCGUCAAAAGUGCAUGUGAAAGUGGCAGCCACCAAAUUCUGGCCAAUGUGAAAAUCUCGUCUUCCCGCUUCUUCUUAUGGCUCCCAGAAUAUAACCAAGGUGUCGCUAUACCAUACACCUCAAUAACACUCCACGGAAUUACUCGCGUUUCUGUUCUUUAUCUCCAGCUCUCACUCCCUGACCCAUUCCCAUUUCUUGAGCUUUGGCUAGCCACGCCCACUGCUCCUGCCGCCCAUUCCAUGUACGAGUCCUUGAACGCGUGUGCCAAUCUCCACGCCGAUCCUCCUUCACCUUCAUCUUCUUCGCCCAUAACCUCUGCCUACGAUGACUUGGACAUGACCCAGCCGCGGGCCUUUGAUUUGUCUGACUUUGGUACCGAUGCAGACGUCGACGUAGAGCUAGAUGGAUACGUAGUCGCAAGAACAACCGGCACUGCAGAUGACCUGGACGGAGCCCUGGGUGGCGCUGGGGAGGCCGGACUUGAAAUUAGUUUCCAGGAAGAAGAAGAUUCUGUGGCACGGGCAGGCACACGGCGUGCGCGCGAGGACGAGGACGAAGAUGAGGAUGGCGUACGGGUAUGCGGGGUCGGUGAACGACCAGUAGAUUCUGCAACGGAAGGUACUGGCAAGUGGCGACGCGUUUCGUGA